AUGCCUACAUCCCCGGAUGCAGAGGUGAUAGAAGGUCAUUCUUUGUCUCGUGUCGAUGGAGACGCCAGUAACCUGCCGUCGCGAGACUCACCAGAGCCGCAUCAAACUGACAUGGAAGGUCAUUAUGUCGGUCCAUCCUCAGGCGUCUCAUUCUUACUCCGUAUUCAGAAAAGACUCCAUGAGAAUAUCGCAUUUCCAUUGAAUACGCCCAUCUUUAGUUUUGGCGAUGCUCCUCUGCCCAAAUCGGACCCGUCCUUCCUUCUGCUCCCCAGCAAGAAUGACGCUAGAGAGUUAGUCAAUAGAUACUUUGACUUUGCGUUUCCCACGCAUCGCUUCCUCUACCAGCCGCAGGUGGAAUGCUGGCUUGACGAACUUUACAACCAUCUGCUGGAGCCCCACCCUCUUGGACCUGGAGAACGGACAAUCAGAGCACUGCUCCUCAUGGUUUUCGCACAGGCAUCACAAUAUAAGCCGGAGUCCGGUAAUAACUUGGAAGAUUCACGUAUGAGCGCAGUCUACUUUGGUGCGGCAGAGCACCACCUAACAGCCGAGACUGGUCCCAUUCGAGUGACCAGUGUGCAGGCACGUCUGGCUCAAUGCUUCUAUCUUCUGUCGCAGUCUCGUAUUAACCACUGCUGGAGCCUCUUCGGCACGACGGCUCGUCUUGCCAUCGCCAUUGGUCUACAUCGAAAGCGUCGCCGAGAGCACCCGAAUACAGUCAACCUUAUUGAACAAGAGUGCUCAAAGAGAGUCUUCUGGUGUGCGUAUAGCUUGGACAAUUAUCUGAGUGCUGCUUUGGGUCGUCCUCGGAUCUUCCAUGAUGACGAGAUUGACCAAGAAUUCCCUGAGAUUGCCGAAGAUAGACAGAUCACGGUGACCUCCAUCCUUCCGCCAACCUCGAGUACUCAGAGCAUCAUGUUGGCCCCCGUCUACCAUGCAAAGCUGUCCAAGAUUAUCAGCGGUGUUUUACAUGACUUGUACGGUAUUCAGCGGUCAACACUGGCGGUACAAGCCUCAGCUGCUGCGAAAUACGCAGCUGAAAUGGCACAAUGGCGAAAAGAGCUGUCUGAGUUCGUCGACCUUCCCAAUGUAAACUUAUUGAGGAUUACCUAUCAGCGACAAUUCACCGUCUUGAAUCUCGCGUUCUAUCAUGCACAGAUCUUGCUGUAUCGCCCAUUUCUCUUGAAGGGCUUCACACUCCUCAGCAAAGGACCUAGCAGGCGAAACGAUAAGCUGCAGGGAACGAUCGACCAGAAUAUCAAGUCUUGCUUGGAAGCGGCCAUGAAGGUUGUUUCCAUUGUCCAUGAUCUGUCCACGAAUGGAAAGAUGUAUCGGGCUUUUUGGUUUACCCAUUAUUAUGCGUUCUCCGCCAUCGUUGUACUCUAUGUCCACUACAUCCGUAGUCGCUCUCGCCAGAGUACAACUGAUGCAGAUCUUGCGUACUACAUGGCUGGUAAACAGGGCCAAGACGACCUAGCAUCCUGCGGUUCGCAAGCGUCCUUCUCCCAGCGUUAUGUGAUGGUUUUGGAGGAGCUUCGCAAGGAGGCGCACAAGACCAUAAUCCAGGGAUAUCAGGAGUCAGUCGAUGCGCCACCCACGAAUAGGCCAGGUUCAGGCGCAACUGAGAGUGGAACAUCAAGACCCGAAGAGCUUGAUCAGUUGAGAAAUGUCGCUGACUCUCAAGAUAUUGGAGGAUACCCCGCCACAGGUGACAGGCUCGACGAUAUUUCCGGCUCCAUGCAAGUAUCCUAUCAUGCGAUGCAGCCUGCUAGCUCAUUUCAAUUCCCGUCAGCACCACAAGAAUCCGACGUGGGGUCUCUACAAGGCAUCAGCCCAGAGUCGUAUGUCGCGGAUCUGGCUAGCUGGGGUGAAUUUGACUCUCUCGCGGCGACUGGGCUGGGGGACUUUGGCAACCUCUUUCCGUUUGAUGUGCCCCCAGGGCUCGACGGGUAA